GCAGUGACGUCAUAAAAAAGAGCCUCGAACGUCUCUUCAAACAGCCGUCAGCGAGCAAAUCAAAUGUUAUCAGCGAAGAGGAGAAGGUUAACUUUGCUGCAUUUUCAACGGGACGAGCCUCUUAGACUCUUCCUGUAAUUUUCGUUAUAACAAGUCGAACAAUUUAGCUAAACUAUUAAACGACAAGAACGCCGGGUAGGCAGGCGACGACCAUUGCGAUACGUCAAUUAAGCUAGUCGAGGUUUUUCAGGGGGCAAUUUUGGAUGAGCAUCUUCACUCCCGGUCAGAAACAAAAUGGAGCGCCGCGUCACGCUACGUAAGUCUUCAGGCAAGGACAACUCCACCUCUGAUGACGACGCUCCCCUCUCGGAUCUCGCGGUGAAGCAACCCAAAAAGGAGAAACAGUCCACUGAGGACGCGCACAGCUCCAACGCCGAAGACAAGAGCGAUGAUGAGCCGCUGAUUAAGAUGAAGACAAAGAAGAAGGAAAACAGACUACCCCCGUUUCAUGGCAGAAAACCCAAGAAUGCAGCGGACGACAGUUCCGACAACGGUCCUCUGGUGAAAGCCAACGUGCCAACCAAAGCUGGCAAGAAGUUCACAACACCACCCAAGAAAUCAGCUCAACCAAAGAAGAAGAAAGAUGUUCUAGAUGAGGAUGCGAGUUCGGAUGACGAGCCUCUGAACAUCAUCGCCAAGAAGCUGAAGGCGCAGCAGAAGGAAAACAUGCCGGCGGGGACCUCCGCUCAAGCCACCGAGGCCACAUCCAAAAGGAAUGCUGCCAAGAAAAGAGUGAAAUACAAAGAGUCUUCCAACGAGAGCUCGGACGAUGACCCGGUGGCGGCCAUCAUGAGGAAGAAGGCCAUCGCCAGUCGGCAGAAAACGCCCGCUGCCAAAAACAGCAAGAAAACCAGAGCUAAGCGCGCCAGCGUCGCGCAGCGAGACGACAGCUCCGACGACGUCGGCGAUGGUGACGAUCAUGAUGUCCCCCUGGUGAACGUCAUCGCCAAGCCGACCAAGCCGGCGGAGGACAAGAAAAAGGGAGCAAAAAAGAGCGGCGUGGCACAAGGCAGUGCUUCGAAAAAGAGGCGAGAAGCAGGUCAGUCUGACGAGAGCUCGGGUGACGAGGCCCUCAUCAAUCUGGUGAAGAAAUCCCAAACGGAGAAAAAGACCAAGCUGAAGAAACAGCCCUCGGCUCCCAAGAAGCGAACUGCCACUCCCAAAGCCGGCAAGAAGAAGGCAACGGCAGGCGCCAGCUCAGAUGACGAGCCCUUGACGGAAGCCAUCAAACACCCUCAGGUGACCAAAACGCUCCGCAUCAAGCUAGAGAGGUGCGAGAUUAAGGAAGCUGCUGUCGUCGCCGCCACGGCAAGUCAAGCAGAAUGGCGGCUGGCCAAACAGCCAAGCGAGAAGCUGGAGGAGAGUUCUGAGUAAUCGGCAGCGCCAGGAGAAAGCAUUCCUUUUCAAAACGGUUUGUUCAAAGAUUCUCUUGGGCGAAGGUGCCUCCUAAACAGUGUUUCAUGUUGAGGACAAACAAAAAAAAAAAGGUGUUUUAUAUGUGAAUGAGAUCAAGGAGUCGAUUUUGUUGGCUCCACUUUUUUUACUUUGGGACCAAACGCAAUUUAGUUUGGGUCCAAAUGUCAGUUUUGCGCUCUUGUGCACAGAAGCAUGUUUAUAAAAUGUCAUUUUGCCAUUUGUACCAGUUUUGUUUUUCCAUGAAGUGAGUUUGAUUGAGAUUGUCUACCACUGGAAAAUGUUGAAGUUGCACACUAAUGCUCUUAAUAUUUUUCAUGAAUUAAAUGUACGUUCAGCAUGUUUAAGUGUCAAAUAUGAAUAAAUGUGGAUUAGAUGUU